UUUGUCCUAGCAGUCUAGCCGUAUAACCUGCUCUGUUGUUGAUGUUGUGCUAGCUAGCGAGCGUGUAGCGUGGAAGCGGUGCAUUAAAUCCACAUGAAAUAACUAGAAUAUACAUAUUUAAACUCUUAACAAAUAUGUCAGACAAAGGAGAGGUGGAUUUAACCGGCGCAAAACAGAAUACGGGUGUAUGGCUGGUCAAAGUCCCGAAGUAUUUGUCACAGCAAUGGGCCAAAGCAACAGGGAGAGGAGAAGUUGGAAAGCUCCGAAUAAGCAAGAAUCAAGGCAAAGCAGAGGUGUCUUUCACACUCAAUGAAGAGCUGACCACCAUAGACACCAUUGGGGAGAAAUCCUCUGUGGUGCGAGCCCCUAGAGAGCAUCCAUUCACUCUGCAGACGGUCGGUGGACAUACUCUGACUGUUUUUACUGAAAACUCUUCAGGGCAGUCAGAUGCCGAGGCCGGCGGCUCAGGUACAGGUACAGGCCCAGAUAAAAUUGCACUAGAAGGAGUGGUGGUGCAGAGAGCUGAAUGCAGACCGGCCGUCAGUGAAAACUAUAUGAAGCUGAAGAAACUGCAGAUCGAAGAGUUAUCGAAACCCCUCAGGUUCUCUCAACAGCUCGACAAAGCAGUUACCACGAACUACAAACCUGUGGCUAAUCACUCUUAUAAUCUGGACUAUGAAAAGAGGAAGAAAGAAGAAGGGAAGAGGGCACGAGCAGAUAAACAGCAGGUGCUGGACAUGCUGUUCUCUGCUUUUGAGAAACACCAGUUUUAUAACAUUAAAGAUCUGGUGGACAUCACAAAACAGCCAGUGAUUUACCUGAAGGAGAUUCUUCGAGACAUUGGCAUAUACAAUGUCAAAGGCACCCACAAGAACACCUGGGAGCUCAAACCAGAAUACCGACACUACCAGCACGAAGAGAAGAGUGACUGAUCAUUUUCAAAGCCUGUUACCAUUGCACUCGAGUGGCUCUGAAAACCCAAAAAGUGUUGUUUCUGGAUGAUUUCUACAAGUGUGAUUCAGUUUGUUUUUAGAAGUGGAUCAGAAAACUAUGUGGCAUUUUACAAUGCUGAGCAGUUCUAUUAUGCAUAUUUAGGGAUUCCCAUGGGGGAAAAAAAACAAAACUAGUGAUAGAGGUGUUCAAACCUUUGGUCAUCUGACAUGAAAAGAACUUAUAAUGUUCUCAUCUAAAUGUUGUGUAUAAAAGGGUGAUGUUGGAUUUUUUAAAGAAACAUUGAUAGAUUAAUGGCAAACAGUUGUUUAUUAGGAUUUAGUUUUCUGAUUGAAACACUUAUUUUAAAUAGUAUUUCAUGUUCUUAAAUGCUCUUGAAAUAAAGGUUUUUGUACAAAUAAAAUCUUUCCAUGUAUCUGCACACAA